AUGAAUGAUAAUUCUCAACAAGCUGAUACAGUGAGAAUUAUUCAUUCGCCAAAUCAGAAUCCGCAACAAUUUGAAAAUCAGAUCAUAACAAGCCACUAUAAAUGGUGGAAUUUCAUUCCAAUAAACUUAUAUGAACAAUUUCAUCGAUUUGCAAACAUUUUCUUUCUCGCUGUUGCAAUAUUACAAUCUAUCCCGCAAAUUUCUCAACUUGAUCCUACGACUGGUUACAUAUCUUUAGGUUUCAUGCUUUCUAUCACUUUAAUGAAAAACGGAUAUGAAGAUUACAGACGCCACAAGGUUGACCAUCAAAUUAAUUCUCAAAUUGCUAAGACAAUCAACCGAGACGGAACAAUUUCGUGUAAAGAAUGCCAAAAUCUUAGUGUUGGUGACUUGGUUUACAUAGAGAAUGACUGCACCUUCCCUGCAGAUCUCGUUAUGCUAUACAGCCACUCCAAAGAUGGACGCAGUAGGAUAGAAACAGCAGCUUUGGAUGGAGAAACUAACUUAAAAUUCAAAACUUCAGUAGGAAAAGAUCUUCACAAACGAGAAUUUGAUAUACAUGCAUCAUUACCAAACCCAAAUCUCACAGAUUUUCGCGGAAAAAUUGUUGCAGAUAAAGAUGUUUAUUCUUUAGAUAUUUCUAAUUUCGUUCCAAGGAACUGUGUCCUCAGGAAAACAGAAUUCGCAGUAGGUGUCAUUGUUUAUACAGGAAAAGAAACAAAAACUUCAUUAAAUGCACCUAAACCUCAUUUCAAAUAUUCUGAGUUGGAUUCUUUCCUUGACAAGAUGGUUAUAAGGAUUUCUAUAGUCCUAAUCUUCCUUUGCGUUGGUAUGACAAUCGGAAAUUAUUUUUGGACGCAAAACCACUUAAAUGCUGGUUAUUUACAGAUAGAAAAGAUGUCUAACAUCAACUAUUUCUUCCAAGUUUUCUCAUGGGUCAUUGUUUUGUCAAAUGUAAUUCCAUUAUCUGUUUUUUCUUCACUGGAUAUCGUCAGAUUCUUUUUAUCCCAGACUAUUAAUGCAGACAAAGCGAUGAUGGAUGGAACUAGCAGCUCACAAUGCAGAAAUUCCGACUUAGUUGCUACAAUUGGAAGAGUUACUCACAUGUUUUCGGAUAAAACAGGUACAUUGACGAAGAACUUGAUGACAUUCAAAUCUAUAGCAUUCCACAGUGCUCUGUUUGGCACAGAACGUCCGAAAUUCAAAAGGACUUCAACAAAAAAUCUCGGAUUGUACAUGAAGCAGCCAACACACUCAGAACGACUUGUAUCUGCUUCUGAUGAAUGCAUGAGAUGGAUGAGAGAGCACAAAGAUGAUAAAGACGUCAAAGAUUUCUUAUUAACUGUUGUUUUAUGUAAUUCAGCCUCAACGUUAUCAAAUACUUCGUUUUACAACAUACAAGACAUAAGGGAAGAGUUCCCUGACUUCAAAUUCACUUUAGAUAUUCCUCCGGCUGAAAUUGUCGCCAAAUUUCCUUAUCUCAUUUCUUAUCAGUCUCCUUCGCCAGAUGAGAUCGCUCUCCUUCACUUUGCAAGAGAAUGCGGGUAUAUAUACUACAACUGCACUCAAAAAUCAGUUUACGUAAUAAUUGAAGGAAAAUUAGAAAAAUUUAAGCGACCAAUUGUAUUUGAUUUCAAUUCAAAGCGUAAAAGGAUGUCUGUUGUAUACAAAGAUGAGAAUGAAAACUAUAUAAUGCUUGUAAAAGGUGCUGAUGCAACAGUUUUGCCGAGAUCUGAGAUAGAUGCUGACUUUGAGAAGUCUCUUGAUGAAAUUACAGAUGCUGGAUUGAGAACAUUAGUCUUUGCAAGGAAAAUUCUUCAAGAAGAAGACAUGGAAAUAUUUUCGAAGUAUAAUAAGGCGAAAGAGUCAAUUGAUGAUAGAGAUAGACUCAUGGAAGAACUCUCUGAUGAAGUAGAAAUAGAAUUAGAGGUUUUCGCCUUCUCAGGAGUUGAUGAUGAGUUACAAGACGAAGUUGCUUUAACUUUGCAAAGAUUAAGACAGGCAAACAUCAAAGUAUGGAUGUUAACAGGUGAUAAACUAGAUACAGCUCUAAGUAUCGCGCAAACAUCUGGUUUGGCCCAUAAAACACACAAAAUUGUUCCGAUCAAUAAAAGUGACAUUGACGAUGAUUUCAAAACCAUUCAAAUUUUGAACCCAGAAAAAACAUUGUUGGCCGUAGAAGGCACAACGUUACGAUAUUUGUUGAGCGCCGAACACGAAAAAAUCAAAAAUUUCUUCGAAUUAGCUGAAAAAUGCAACUCAGUCGUAUGCGCAAGAUGCGAACCAAGCCAGAAAGGAGAUGUUGUGAGGAACUUCAUGCUGAUCAACCCAACAAAAUGCGCUCUUGCCAUAGGAGAUGGAUCAAAUGACGUCGAUAUGUUAAGAGCAGCCAAUGUUGGUAUUGGCGUUGAAGGUAAGGAAGGCUCAGAAGCUGUUAUGUCCUCUGAUUUCUCUAUCCCUUCGUUCAGACAUAUCGCAAGAUUGUUAAUUGUCCACGGAAGAUGGUGUGUGAACCGUUGUUCUCUUCUAGUGUUACUGACUUUCUAUAAGAAUACGAUGAAUGCGUUACUUCAGAUCUAUUUCGGCUUCUUUAAUGGAUUUUCUGCCACAUCUUGUUUAGAUGGCGGAUUUCUUUCGAUGUUCAACACCAUUUUAACCAUCCCACAGUUGUUCUUUAUCUGUAUAUUCGAGGAAGACGUUGCUGCGAGGUAUGUUUUGGCAGUUCCUCAAGUAUAUCGAGAUUUACAACUGGAUGGAGGUUUAUCUAAUGGUGUAGUUAUAAUGUGGUACAUAUUUGCUUUCUUCCAUACUGUUCUGAUUUUCUUCUAUUCGUAUUUUGAGUCAAAUUCUGUUUUAUUAGGAAAUAAUUCAAGUACAUUUGACUUAACAACAUUCACACAGAUCACAGGAUGGACGAUUCUGUUUGUAUUCACUUUCGAAUUGUUAGUUAGAUUCAAAACAAUCACUAUUGUACACAUAGUAUUGUACACUUUGUGUAUCAUUGUGUAUUGUUUGAUAGAGUUCAUAUACUCAUUCAUUGAUCCUUCACUCAUUGGAGUUUUGAACGUAAUUUUCAACAUUCCGAGAAUUUGGUUCUCAAUUCCUUUUGUUGUUGGAACUAUUGUUAUUAUUGACAUGAUUAUUAUAUAUCUGAGACCUAUCUUCCUUCCUUCAAUAUCAGAUUCUGUCGCUGAGUUACAGUACGCUUCACAAAUGGUCUCUUAA